GAUAUCACUUGCCACCGCAACGAUCAGCUGGUCAGCGUUCUUGCGGUUCUUCCGCAACGCGAAUGGUGUGUUAUGUUGGGUUUAUUCAUUGUUUGUUCUUCGUAAAUCGGUCGAAAAGUGUUCCAUUUGCCUGCAGUUGCAGAACUACCAACGAAAUGUUAUCAUUUACAUAGGAGUUGUUGCCUAGAAAGGUGAAAUUUCAGAGUGAAAGGUUGAUUGAUAGUAGGCCACGGCCAUUUGAAUUGGGAGAAAUGACGCCGGUACCUUCUGAUGAACCCGCAGCCAAAAAGAGGACUGCAUCUGACUACAAGUUUGGCAAAGUGAUUGGUGAAGGCAGCUUUAGUACUGUAUACCUUGCUAAAGACAUUCACACUAAUAAGGAAUUUGCAAUAAAAGUGCUCCAGAAACAACACAUUGUAAAAGAGAAGAAAAUGAACUAUGUGACACGCGAAAAGAACGCACUUUUAAAGCUCUCCAGUUGCAAUAGGUUAUUUGUGAGAUUGUACGCCACGUUUCAGGACGUGGAGCGUUUGUAUUUUGUCCUCAGCUAUGCCAAAUACAGCGACCUUUUGGCCCACAUCAACAGCUCCUUUUCAUUAGAAUGCUGCAAGUACUAUGCUGCUGAACUUCUCUUAGCAUUGGAGAUAUUAAAGUCGAAAAAUAUCAUACAUCGCGACCUCAAACCUGAAAACAUCCUGCUGGAUGAUAGCUGGCACAUAUUAUUAACUGAUUUUGGUAGUUCGAAAAUCAUCAGCGACACGCAGUCUCUAGAGACUUCUGAGGCGCCUGCUGAUAACCAGAGAAGAAAUAGUUUUGUUGGCACUGCACAGUUUGUCACCCCCGAGGUGCUCACGAGUGGAAGGGUCACCUAUGCGGUGGACCUGUGGGCGUUCGGUUGUAUACUCUUUCAGAUGAUAUCUGGAACGAUGCCAUUUACCGGACCAUCGGAUUACUUAAUUUUCAAGAAGAUUCUUGCGUUGAAUUAUGACUUUCCGGAGAAUUUUGAUCCGAUCGGGAAGGAUUUAAUUAACAAGUUGUUGGUACUGGACCCAAAUGAUCGAUUAGGCUUUGCUGACGAGCGCCCUUAUUCAAGCAUCCGUGAGCACGAAUUUUUCGCCGGAGUGAAUUGGGAUGAUCUAGGCGAGCCACCUUUAGGAAAAGAACGUCGCAAUAGUAAUGAGAGUCACAAUGCUCAGAUUUCUGAUGAAUUGGAACCCGGUUUUGAUGAUCGCAAGGCUGGUCGUUUGCAUUUGGAGAUGAUAGCGGCAACGCCCACUCGAAAAAAAUCAGAGGCGAAUCGAAAUAUUGCCGAUGUUGAUGCUACCGAGAAGGAUCGACGCCUAGCAUUACAACGCGGUGAUAAGUGGAACGAUUUAGUAAAGGGUAAUCUGAUUUUGAAACAGGGUUUGAUUGAAAAACGAAAAGGACUGUUUCCGAAGCGGAGGAUGCUUUUACUUACGCUUGGUCCGCAUUUGUACUACGUUGAUCCGGAUGCCAUGGUGCUCAAAGGUGAGAUUCCUUGGAGUGCUGAUCUUCGGCCGGAACCUAGGAAUUUCAAAACUUUUCAUGUGCAUACUCCUAAUAGGACUUAUUAUUUAGAAGAUCCAGAAGGCUAUGCACUGGAGUGGUGCAAAUGUAUUGACGAGGUAAAAGCAUUUUACUACUCAUCUACUAAAUAGAAACUUUGUAUGUUACGAACAGAAGAAAAGCACCUCCGAAAUUAUAACGAUUAUUAAAUUAACUAUUUAUUCUACAUUAUCCAUUUUUAAGUCAA